AAUCCAAAUCCAAAAAUAUGUACGAAAUACGAACAAUGCUGGAUUGCUGGGAAAUUUUUUAACUUUCAUUGAACCAUUUUUUAUGUUGUAUCAAUUUUUUCUUUAAAACAUUUUCAUCUUCAGAUCAGAGAAACCAGAGACAGAACAACCUGCUCCAGCAAUUUUUCUUGUUUAUACGAAACAUGAAAAUCGUAGAGGAUUUCAGUGUAAAACCAACUUCUGCAUCAGAAGAGUUACCUACUCAAACAUCACUUCCCCUUACCUUCUUCGACAUACUAUGGUUAAGGUUACCACCUGUUCAACGCGUUUUUUUCUAUGAAUUUCCUCACCCACCCUCACUUUUUUUCAGUACCCUUCUUCCCAAACUCAGCCACUCUCUUGCUCUUACACUUGGUUACUUCUUCCCUCUUGCUGGACACCUCUCUUGGCCCGUUGACCCCAACAAUCCCAUCAUCAAAUACAACAAUGGUGACACUGUUUCCCUCACUGUUGCUGAAUCUGACGCUGAUUUCAACCAUCUAGCUGGCACGGAUCUUUAUGAAGCUAAAGAAAUUCACCAUCUUUUACCUCACCUGACCAUAUCCCAUGAACAAGCUACGGUUGUGGCCUUGCAAGUCACUUUAUUUCCAAACACUGGGUUUUCCAUUGGAAUCACUUCACACCAUGCUAUUCUUGAUGGCAAAACUUCAACAUCGUUUAUCAAAUCAUGGGCUUAUCUUUGCAGCAAUCUUGGAGAAUCAACCCCUUCUUUGACCCCUCAACUUUGUCCAUUCUAUGGAAGGGAAUUAAUCAAAGACCCCAAUGAAAUAAGUGCAAAAUAUGUCGGUGAUUGGUUAAAGAAUGGUGGACCCAACAACAGAAGUCUCAUGGUUUGGGAUCUGCAAGUUCCAGAAGAUGCAAUAAGAGGCUCAUUUCAAUUGUCACGUUCAGACAUUGAAAAGCUCAAGCAAUUUGCAGUGUCCAAGAAGAAAGGGAACAGCAACAUUCACUUGUCAACAUAUGUGGUAUCUGUUGCCUAUGCAUGGGUUUGUAGAGUGAAAGCAGAAGAAGUGAAGGAGAAAAGAGUUAUGUUGGCUUUGAAUGUUGAUUGCAGGAAUCGUUUAGAACCACCUCUUCCUCCAUCAUAUUUUGGGAACUGUGUUGGGGUGAGACUUGCAGGUGCUGAAACAAGAGAUUUGUUGGGGGAAGAUGGAAUAAUUGUUGCUGUUGAAGCACUGAUUGAGGCUUUGGAAACUCUGAAGGAAGGAGCACUGAGUGGAGCAGAAAAUUGGUCAUCAUGGUUGCUUGAUGGUCUUAUAGGUGAUGUCAUGAUAAUUGGUGUUGCUGGGUCAAACAGGUUUGAGGCUUAUAGUAUUGACUUUGGUUGGGGAAAACCAAAGAAAGUGGAGAUGGGGUCUAUAGACAGAACUGGAGCAUUUUGCUUUUCUGAUAGCAGAAAUGGUGAUGGGGUUGAGAUAAGUUUUGUGUCCAAGAAAGCAGCAAUGGAGGCUUUUGGUUCUCUCUUUGUCAGUGGCCUUGAGUCCCUUGGGUAGAUCUACUUGCUGUUUCUCAAACAUUGUUGCUGUUGAUUGUCUAAAAUGUUUGGUUGAUAUGAUAUGCUUGAUGAGGUACCUUUUUCGGAAGCCUUUAUGAUUGUUAUUGUCACACACUACUUUUUCUUAUAUGAAUAAUCUGGAUAAUAAGACUCA